AUUUCAUCCUCAGUCGAGUUCGUGGCAGCGAUCGGAGGAAGCAUGGCAGGCCGAGGAGAUGCAUCGUUCGCAUGGGAGCUCUGCAAGGAGAACGUGGCCCCGGUCGCGCGGGGAAGGAACGUCGAGAAGCUCAACGCGCUCCUCGUCAAGGCCAACUCGGUCGAGCUCAAGGCGUCGCUGGCCGAGAUGGAGCGGUCGUAUGAAGUCCAGAUCAAGAACGCCAUGAGCCAUGACGACCCGCUCGAGACAUGGGUCGCGUACCAGAAGUGGACCGAGGAGAACUUCCCGUCCGACACGGCCAAGAACUUUACGAUCCUCGAGCGCGCGACCCGCGCGUUCACGGCCGAUCGACGCUACCGCAACGACGACCGGUACCUUCGGUUCUGGAUCCAAUAUAUUGACCGCAUCGACAAGCCCAUCGAGGUCUUUAAGUACCUCUACAAGAACAAGAUUGGCGACAAGCUCGCGCUCUUCUACAUUGCGUGGGCGCUCCUCCUCGAGCGCAAGGGCGACGUCAAGAACGCCGAGCUCAUUUACGCCAAGGGGCUCCAAAAAAAAGCCGAGCCGUUUGACGCGCUCGAGCGCAAGCACAGCGAAUUUGAACGGCGGGUGAGCCAAAAGUGGCUGACGUCGCGGGACGACGACGAGGACGACACGUCGCAGGGCCGCCAAGCGCUUGCCCCAACGGCGGCGCCUACCAUCGUCGUCCCCGUGGUGCCACGUCGCCAACCCGCGUCCACUACCGUCGCCAACGCGUCGUCGUUUGCCAUUUACUCGGAGAACGACAAGGCCCACGCCAACAGCAGUGUCCUCUCCGAGAACAAGAGCAGCGCAUGGAAGGUGCUGCCGUCGUCCAAGGUAAUCAACAAGGAGAACGAGCAAAAACCGUCGAUUUGGACGGGUGCUGGCCUCGCACCACGGGCAGGGCACACUCCGUCGUCGGCGUACGACGAGCCGACCGGACCACCUGUCGAGAUCUUUGUCGACGAGACUGCGGCGACGCGCGCGUCGAGUCGCAAGCGACCGCACGCGGGCCACGACACGGGCCGUGCACUGCGUCCGCGGCUCGAUGACCGAUCGAUGACACCUGCGGUGCUUCCCUCGCACGACGAAAACCCGACGCAACCAUCGGUGUCGACCAAGCCGGAUCCCUCGGCCCGCAAGGCGACCAAGCCCGCGACCAAGCGCGACAUUCUUCGCGUUAACAUUGAAAUGCUCAAGGUGCCGGGGCAGGACGAUCUCUGCUUUGAGGAAGUGCGCGCACAGCGGUACUGGAAGGCCAAGGCACAAGCUGCCGCAGCGGUCAAGGCCCUAGCGGCGCCGGUCGCUGCAAGUAAGCCUGUGCGCAACGGUUUCCUUGUCGACGAUACGGACGACGAUGUUGUCCAACAAGCGCCCGCGCCGCAAAAGUGGCAGCCUACUGUGCGUACGACCAUGGCACGUGGCGGUGUCUUGGCCGUGACCGGCGCCAUGCACCCGCUCGCAGCGAUCGCGGACGACGCCAAGUACACGCAGGACGACAUGACGUUCAACACGCGCAUGGCGUACGAGGACAUUGGCAGCAUGUUUUGCAGCCCGACAAAAGCCGCUCCGGUCGUGGCGUCGCCCACACAAGAGCAGUUGACGUCGUUUCGCAAGUCCAACUGGGUGCCCAAAACGGAAGAGCCGAUCGUGCGCAAGCUGCACUUUUCGGCGUUCAAGGCCAAGCCCAACGGCCGUGACGACGACGACGAUGACGACGAUGAGAGCACGCCGGCUGUCGACGCCAACCCCGCGUUCCUCAUUUUUACAGAGGAGAACGACAAGUCCGGUCCGGUCGUCCCGCACAAGAAGGACCCGAACCGGAAGGCGCUUGGCGACCGCAACGACAUUGCCAAGUCGACAAAGAAGACCAACAAGGACGUGCUCGGGUUCAGUCUUUUGCCCACGACGCUGGGCGACCGGUAGAGGCUCAUUGUGUUCCACGACAGGCGCGUCGGCCGUACGAGUAGCGGGGGCACCGACCACUUGGACCUUUUGCCAGCCCCCACAACGUUGAGGUAGCUUCGUAUUUAUAUGUAUUUGUAUUGGUUUUCAACACGAAUGAUGACCAUCGCUCCAUGUCCAC